CCUACAGGGCUUAUAUAUUGGAUCCGGCCCAGGCUGUAUGUCCUUUUAAUCGUGGCAACGUUUUAACCCCGUGACACGUUUUCUGUUUAUAUAUGCGGUGGAUCAUAUAUAACUCUGUCAACCAAUGAGAUAUCAGCUAGCAGCGCUGGAACCAAUCCUAUUGGCGCCUGACUGGAAGCCCCGCCCUCCUUUAAAUCACCUAAUUAAUAUUCAGCCUGCUCCGCCAAUCAGCACAAGGGGUGGGCGGGACAUGUUUUCCGGGAGAGGCACAGUUUGUUCCCAACACCAAAACCUCCCGGUCGACCUAAUUUCGUCGAAGUGGGACAGCAGAGAGCGGUGUUUACGGUGCUCUGGCGCUUAAGGUUAUAUUUUAAUUUCGACUCUGUGUAUUUAAGAACAUUGAAGAACGCCUGUAGCGGCGGUUAAACCGAGCGAGCUUCAGUUUAAAACCGGAACGGUACCAACAAGGAGGAAAAUGUCAGAAGUAGAGCCCAUUAUCAUCACCGUGGGGACGGCCGCCGGGGCCCCCGCUUCAUUCCCGGUGGUUUUGAAGAAGAUAAUGGCAAUGCCGCCGCCGAAUAUACUGGAAGGAGACGACGACACCGAAAAGGAGAAGCUGGGUUUGGGUGAUGACGUUGACCUGGGCGUAGGAGUGAGCGAUAUGGGCCCUUCAGCCGCCCUGACCCCGGCUAUCUGGGACAAAACCAUUCCUUAUGAUGGGGAAAACUUCCACCUGGAGUACAUGGACCUGGAGGAGUUUCUCAUGGAGAAUGGGAUCCCCGACCUGCCUGUUGGGGACAACGUUAAGGACAGCCUAGUAGCAAAGACGGAGAUAAAGGCGACGUCCUCUGCACAGAAGGUUGUCAAGACAGCAAGGAUGUCCCCACUGACCCUGCUACCCAUCCAGGACCUGGACAAGUGUGUGGAGGAAGUGGUGAUCAUCACCAAAGGAGACUCCGAUAUUUGUGAUGUUACUACAGAGGUGACCACUGAAACAGACAGAGAGACCCCGGAGCCCGAGGACCCAGAGGAGCUGGACAUCGAUGUGAACUACGAGCCGGACCCCACUGACCUGGUCCUGUCUAGCGUGCCUGGAGGCGAGCUGUUUGACCCUCGCAAACACAAGUUCACUGACGACGAGCUGAAGCCACAGCCCAUGAUCAAGAAGGCCAAGAAGGUGUACGUGCCCGAGGAACAGAAGGACGACAAAUACUGGCAGAGAAGGAAGAAGAACAACGUGGCGGCCAAACGAUCACGCGACGCCCGCCGGUUAAAGGAGAACCAGAUCACCGUCCGAGCCGCUUUCCUGGAGCGGGAGAACGCGGCGCUGCGCUCGGAGGUCGGGGAGCUCCGGAAGGAGUGCGGCCGCUACAAGAACAAAUCAGAACGCUACGAAGCCAAAUUCGGCCCGCUGUAAGGAAGCACCGACAGCAAACGCAUGCGUAAAUGGACAUCCGUACGGCCGGCAGCACAGUAUGAGUCACUUUGUUUUCACAUGUCAGGUUAAAAAAAACAUAUUUUGGGCGCUGUAAUAAAGCAGUCCUGGUUAAAAAAUAAACCCACUGUACAGCUGAGAAGCUGCUGUUUGACUGGUGUGUAAUGAAGAAGGAAGAAUCAAACCUUCACCAAAGCUGGAUCACACUAUCCCUGGUUAUCAUGAGGAGGAAUUACUAUUAGAAAAGGAGUAUAAUAAACCUAAACUGGUGUUUUUUUCAUAAGUUCUGCCUCUAUAAAUCUAUGAGGCACAAAAACACAACCAUGUGAUCUUGUGAAUGAUGUUUCCUCCUCGUUUUGUCAUCCUUGUUCUCUUUCAAGUGCAGCGCUUCACAACCAAUAGACAAAAAUAGAUUUUUUUUUUGUCUUGAAUGAGUUAAAUAAAUCAAACCAAGGGGGGUUUUGGCACUAGAACAUUCAGAUAAAAAAGGGGAGGCAUGACUGGUGUUGCCAUGGAGAUGCAAUAGCAUGUAAAGAGCCAACAUGUUUUUGUUUUUUUUUAGUUUUAUUUUUAAGAAUUAAUUUACCAUCGAUGCGAGAGUGGUGAGUGAGAACAUAUUCAAGUGCUUCUUCAGUACAGGUCUUUUAUGAAAUGUACUUUUAUCACGUUUUGUAUGCCUUUGGCCGAAAGAGAUAAUUUGUUUGUUUUUUUGUUUUUGGGAGAAAAUGUGGGAUUUGUUUUCCUUUUUUCUUUCUUUUUUUUUACAUAAUUGAUACCUGUGUAGCAAUUGCAAUAGUUUAGACUAGAUUAUUAGUCACUAUUAUGGUAUUGUAGAAAUAAACUGAUUUGCAGGUUACUGCCGUUUUUUUUCUGCGACUCCCUUUUUAUUUUCAAAUUUAUAUUAUAUAAUGUUACAGGUUCAAUGUGAAAAGAUGGGCUUUUUCCUUUUUUUGCCCACAUAUACUCCUAACUGUGACAUUUCCAAUAAUUUAAGCUUCUUCAGGGGAUGGAAGAGUGACGUGUGCAGCCACGUUCACUUCUCUUCAUGUAUUCUUACCAGCGCUGCAGAGACACACACACAAACUCUGCACUCUGUUUCUUCUGUCUUACUUGUGCUGUUUUUGUCGCCUGCUUGGCUCUCUGCAGGUCGUUUAGCGUGGACUAUUGACGUCAGUAACCUUUCAGAGGUGACGUGUGUAGAAUCCACUAAUGCAUGUACUGUAAAUAGUCUUAGAAGAUACUUUCACCCCCUCAAUCCAUCAUGUAACUGUGUAGUCUGCAAAAGUGUGAUGCGUUCACUUGAGAGAGGAAAAAAAGGUUUCUGAGACGUUUUCAUGGGAACAAAAUCCUGUUUUUAUUAUCUCGGGCAAAAAAAACCUUUUCUCCAUGAAAACUUUUCUUGGAAUACAUUGAUAAUUAUCCCAUUAAUUAAAACAGGGCAAAUAUUUUCCUCAAAUUAACCCAUUAUGCUUCUGCAGUAUUCAGCCUAAUGGAGCAUCACAAACUCAGAUACAGUACAAGAUGAGUUUUUGAACAACUAAAGUUAAGGAUAUGGCCGAGGGGCUAAGAAUGUUAAGGCUGUCAGAUGAUAAAUUAUAUUAAUUAGUUAUUAUUUAUGUUUAUAUAUUUAGUUUGAGGAAAAAAAAGUUUGAGACGUUUUCAUGGGAAGAAAAUCAUUUUUUUUUUUUUUAUUAUCCCGUAAAAACAGGUAAAAAACAACUUUUCUCCAUGAAAACUUUUCUCAGAAUACAUUGAUAAUUAUCCCAUUAAUUUAAAAAAACGGGGAAAAUAUUCUCCUCAAAUUAACCCAUUAUGCUUCUGCAGUAUUCAGCCUAAUGGAGCUACAGUACAAGAUGAGUUUUUGAACAACUAAAGUUAAGGAUAUGGCCGAAGGGCCUAAGAAUGUUAAGUUAAGGCUCUCAGAUGAUAAAAUACAUGAAUUAGUGCCUUAUUGAUGGAUGAAAAGCAAUUAAUUUACUUAAAUUUAUCCCAAACUAGUUGUUCAAAAACCUUUUGUCUGGAGGUGAAUGUUCAUUUAUAUUGUCAACAGUUGGUGGAAACAUUUAUCAGCAUUUAUCUUCCAACUUUUAAUUUGUGUUUGAACUUUUUAUCUGCUCUGUGAGGUUUGUAAGCUGGCAUCUAUUGCCAACUUAUUUAUUUUUUUGACUAACCAGGAAGCCUCAGUAGAUAAUAAACUCUAUUGGGGCGUCUCUUUUAUCAAAAUUGAACCCCAAAAAAAACUCUUAAGCCAUUUCAAUGCAGUGCAGUUUACAGGGGGCAUAUUGUGUAUAAUAAUAACAUCCAAUAUUUAAAUUGUGGCUCAAACAGGAUAUUUAACUGUCCAAUUUUGGCAAAAAGGGAAAGCUGUUUUGUUGCUGUGCUUCCAAUUCUAGCUAGAGUGACUUUAUCAAAAUAAAUUCAAUUUCAUGGUCUUUUUUUAGGAAGGGGUUCCCAUGUGUAAAUGUCAUUCAAGGAGAAAUAACAUUUGAACUAAUAUAGAUCCUUUUAAACAGUAAAUUCAGCUUAAUCUGACCGUACUUCCUGCAUCAAUAUUGCCGGUUUUCUUUCUUUUAUUCUGCACAAUAAGUGUCAUUCUCACAUUUCAAUUUUUAGUAUAAUUCUGACAUUGGUUAUGAGCUUCCUGACUGAUUUUGGUAUAAUUUUUAACGCUUUCUGAUGUAAUAGUUAAUUUUAGAUUGCGUCCUAUGUGGAACAGGUCACUUUGUCAACUUAGAGGUUGUUUUUAACCUUCCUGGUUCCGUCUUUGUAUUUCUUUGUAAAAAAAAUUUUGCAUUUUGAGUGUGGCUACCGUUUGUCUUGUAUAUACAGUAUGUACAAAUAAAGCCUUGUUGAGAAAGUC